AUGACUUCCCCGUGGAACGAGUUACAGCCGGAAGAGACUGAUACAAUCCUCAACACCAUCGACAAACUCCGUCAGCUGGGCGUCGGCGAUAUCUUGGAACUUCCACAGAUCAUCGUGUGUGGCGACCAAAGCUCUGGAAAAAGCUCAGUUCUUAAUGCUGUGUCUACGCUCCAAUUCCCUGCGAAAGAUGGCCUUUGCACUCGGUUUGCAACGGAAGUCAUCAUGCGACCAGGGCAACCCGAACAUAUUGCUGUCUCUAUUGUGCCAGGAAGCAACCGCUCUCACGACGAGAAAAGGGCUCUAGAGGCAUUUCGACGGAGCAAUGUCAACAUGAAUGACAUUGAAAGUAUCAUCGAGCAGGCAACGAGUACCAUGGGUAUAGACCCUCGAAAUCCAAAUGCAAGACGUUUCAGCGACGACAUCUUGCGAUUCGAAGUUACUGGACCAAGCCAACCCUCACUUACGCUUGUCGAUCUGCCUGGCUUGUUUCAAGCCGACAGCAUUUACCAGAGCAAGGAAGACAUUAGCUCCGUGCAAGAUCUAGUCCGACGCUACAUGCAUAACAAGCGAAGUGUCAUACUCGCAGUGGUUUCCGCCAAGAGUGAGUUCGUCCUUCAGUCAGUCACCAACUUUUCCGGACUUGAGGAUCCAAAAGGCUUGCGCACACUGGGGAUCAUAACCAAGCCAGAUAAACUGGACGUGGGGUCCGACAGCGAGAAGAAGUUUGCAGAGCUUGCCGAGAAUAGGUUGAAGUUUCUUCACCGAGGCUGGCAUGUUCUGGUCAAUCGCGAUCACUCUACUAGGUCCUACACCCAGGAGCAGCGUGACGAUUUCGAGAAGAAGUUCUUGUCGGAGGGAGUCUGGGCCAAGGUUCCUGUCAAUCACAAAGGGGUUUUUUCACUACGGUCCCGCUUGAGUAUUGCUCUACGAGAGCACAUCCUCGAAGGACUUCCAGACUUAAUCAAGGAGGCAGAAACAGAAGUCGUCCGCUGUAGAGAUGAUCUAGCACGACUCGGAGCUUCUCGAGCUAGCGCUGAGGACCGUCAACGAUAUCUCAUGCAAGCAGCACAAGUUUUCAGCGUCAUCAUGCGAUCCUGCAUCAACGGCUCCUACGACGACAAGUUCUUUACCACCGGCGAUCAAGACGUGUACAGACCGAAGCGACUGCGCGCCGUUGUCCAAGACACUCUUGUACAGUAUUCGAGGGACAUGCGGCACCGCGGGCACGCCAAACAUAUCGUCGAUGACGAAGCUGCAAGAACGAAAGGUGGACAUCCACAACAAGUUACACAAACAGAAUUUGAAGACAGUGUCAUGGAGCUCAUGAGGGAUUCUCGAGGUCGUGAACUCAUGGUCACACACAAUCCCAUGACUGUUCGAGACUUAUUUCAGGCACAAUCCGAGCCGUGGGUGAAGCUAACAGCCAAAUACCGGUCGACACUCAGCGAAGCCGCAAAAACAUGCAUUGAUCUUGUUCUUCAGCAUGCCACAGAUGAGGUCACAAGGACUCGUCUGGGAAAGCUGGUGAUCAACCCGGCGCUUGACACACUUCUUGCUUCACUGGACAUGAUCGUUGAUCGACUACUGAGAGGUCGCCUGGAGAGCCAUCCAAUUACUUACAAUCGUAGCCUUGCGGAAAACAUUGGGAAGGCAAAACAGAAAAUGGCCGAGAAGUUAUUUGCGGACAAGUACGAGAGGGCCAUAAAUCAAGGUGGACAAGUCGUUGCCAAGGACACAUUGAAAUGGCUGUUCGAAGAACAGAUAGUAUUUCAGCCUAUGGACUUGCCACGCUUUGCAGCCUCAGAGGCGAUCAUUGAGAUGCGAGCUUACUACAAGAUUGCCAGAGAAACCCUAGUGGACAAUUUCAGUAAGUUGGCCAUCGAGGAUUGUUUAAUAUCUCAGAUGCCGGGGUUGUUCUCUCCCGAGGUUGUUGCUGCAUUGGAUGAUGAUACCAUAAGCGAAAUCGCAAUGGAGACGGAGAAUGCGGCUUGGGAAAGGGGCCAGGUCGACGACAGGCUCGAAUUGUGUUAUUCGGCUUUAGCUAAUCUGAAUUCGAUCGAAAGCAUGAGAGCCCCAGGUAACGAGAUACAGGGCUUGAGGGAAAGCACAGUUGGCUGA